AUUCAGGAACCAGGACACGACGAGGUAUGCUGCUCUUAUCUAGGUACAGAACAUUGACUGUCAGUUUCGUUUGAAGGGCUUUAGCGAAGACACAGUCACCGCCAUUUCCUGCUGGCAAGUCGCUCACGUACCAUAUCAGACCACGUGCUGACAUGAUACGUACGAUCCUCUCAACCUCCGCCUAGACCUCAGAAUCGAAUCCCUCCUCACCCCCCAAGUCCCCGUGCUCCCGCUUUGUCUCCCCUUCCCCCCGCCCUCCUCUCUUCCUUCCCUCCCCUCCCUUCGAGAAACGAGUCCGUUCGCCCCUACCCUUUGGAAGGGUUUCUGCCGUGAGGCCUCUCGGAUCGGAGUCGCCAUCAUGCGCAAGUUUCCGCCGUGGGGCGCACGGCCACGCUGCGCACGCGAGCCUGAGGGGCUCGGCGGGCGGAAGGUCGGAGGGGCAGAGUCACGGAAGAGCGGCGGAAGGCGGAGAGGGAGAGAGAGAGAGGGGGAGAGAGGGAGCAAGCAAAGCAAGCACAAAUGGGACGAGUCGAGAGAGUUCAACUCAUCGAUCCACCGUUCCGACCGCAGGGCCCUCUCCUCCGCAUCAGCUGGCGCUUUGCCGGAGAAUGCUUCAAAGCUCAGAGCCUCUGAACGAGUGGCACUUCCCGAAAGUACAGAGUCUGUGACACGCCCCUCCCCCCUUCCCCCUCCGCCAGACGUCGUUCGUUUCUCGUCCGCGACUAGCGCUGCUUCGUUUCGAGUCCUUCAGCUCGCGUUAUCAUCAUUCCCCCACACUUCACCCAACCUGCUGUUACAAGACUCAGAUCUACCGAGCCGCGGUGUUAUUCGCGGCAGGCGCCGGCGAACACACAACUCCAGCGAGCUUCAAAGCCAAACGCGGCGGCAAGUUGCCGCCGAUGGCUGACAAGCACCCCCCUGACACCAAGGCCGCCAUGGCGGCUUUCAUCUAUGGCUUCCCUUCACGCCGCGAAGUCCUCCGCUUGCUCCGCCUUCAGACGCUGCACGCGCUCAGCCUCCGCCUCGGGUCGUCACGCCUCGCUCAACAACGGCCGGCGCUGCUGGCGGCGGCGCAGCUGGCAGUUGCGGCUGGCGGCGGUCCGAGUCGUGAAACGGCGGAUGGUCCGAAUGACUCGUGGGAAGCGUGGGAGCCGGACGAUUUGGAUAUCGACAUCGUCAUGUCGCUCGACUCGCCGCUGCUGCCGCCGCCGUCUUCGACUUGUACUACUAGUAGUACGUGCACCAAAGUAGUAAGCGGCGACUGGGACAACAGUGACAGUACCCUCAGCAGCCUCGGCAGCAGCAACAGCGCCAGCCAUUGCCGCGUCACGAUCUGCGACUUGAACACGACUCCGCCUAUGCUUCCCCCACUGCCCCCGCCAAUGCCUCCGCCAAUGCCUCCCCCGAUCCCUCCCCCAGUGCCUCCGCCAAUGCCUCCGCCAAUGCCGCACGCUGCGGCGCCUCCAGUGCAGGGGCCAUGCCAUCCAGUGGCAGGGGAUAGUAAUUCCGCCUCUGCCGACUCACGCAGCGACAAGUGCCAACUCCGCCGCUGCGGGAGACGGUGCCUAUGCCGCAGAGAAGAGACUGCCUCAGCCGGCGCUGGUGACGUGGGAGACGCAGUGGCAGCUGCCAGGGGGCAUGCCACAUACGUAUGUUCACAGGUGGAAUGUGGCUCUCCGCCUGUCAGCUUCUAUGGGAGAAGCUCCAGUGGCAUUGGCAAAAGCUCACCAGCAUUGGCUGGUUCUCCAGGCAAAGGCUGAAGAAUCAGCAAGCGGAAGCCUGGCAUCUGCCUGGAUGUCGAGGCUGCUGCGGAUGAUACGACCCAGAUUAACAGGCUACUCGCUCAAGUGCGUUGCCACUGUGGCGCUGUGGAGUUGGAGAGGAGCAAACGCAAUAGCGAGAGAGCUUGUGUCGGGUACAAGAGGGACGUGCCGGAGUGCAAGCAUGCCCUCGUGCGGCUUCCGCCUUUCACCAGCACCGCCAAAACCGCCACCACCACAACUGCCGCCACCACAACCGCCACCGCCAAAACCGCCGCCAUAAAAACUGCUGCCACCACAACCGCCGCAUGGAAAGCCGAGAGCACCACCACGCGCGGCUGCCCUCAUAACAGCAGUCCUCUGCAGCAGCCUGACGUUGCCCAGAGGAGCGGGUGGACGAAGAUGCUUGUAACGGAGCACAAGCUGCAGCAAAAGAGCACGAGGCAAGGGUGCUCAAGAAACACGCAGAAGAGCACGGUUGCUGCUGGUGAUGCUCGCAGUGCUGACUGUGCUGGUGGUGCUGACUGUGCUGGCUGUGCUACAAGUGAGGGGAGAGGGCGUAAGGAGCUUGACAAAGAGCGGCCUUUGGUGGAUGCUGGGUCACGGCAGGGCAGUGGCGCACCGGAAUGUGGUGGCAGUGGGGGGGAGGAAGUGGUGGGGCACGGUAGUAAUGCUGAGAUGCCGGUGGUGGGAGAGUUGGAGGCUGCAGCAGGGGCAUGCAGGCCGUUGGAGAGGCGUGUGAGAGCAAGAAGGGAGAGUGACAUAGGGGGUGAGGUGGAGGGAAGUCAGAGGGAGAGAAGAAGGGGUGGAGGGGUGAAGCUCUUCGGUACAGGAUAAGGCUGAAUGUGGGAACACAUUCUAAGGACUCUUUGUGUGGUGCUGACCAAGUUGCACGGGUUCCUUGAACAAUUUAUGCUGCAUGAAGCGCUUGAAGUGGACUCUUGGCAUCAACUUAUUGAACCCUAAUUUUAUGUGGUAUAUGUUGGCUGGAACGGCAAUCAUACCGUACGUACUUCAGGAAAAUAUGUAUGAAAAUGUAUGAGCAAACAAGUAAGUACAGGGGUAUUAGAGUUGUGCUACUUACUGAAUCCUACU